CCCUCUUUUUCCGGCCAUUUUUUUCUGCUUGUCUUCUUCUCAGCUUGGCAAGGUCAGUCAGGCCAGAGUUAGAUUCCCUCCUUACUUACCUGCAAGCUUCGCUUACGACUCUAACGUCGGCGUAGUCUUCUCGUAUCCUUGAGGUAGAUUCGAGGAAAUCGUCAGCCAUGGCUGCCGUUGCCAAGUGCACCGUCCCCGCAUUCACCGGCCUGAGGAAGAACCAGACCUCCCAGGCUUCUUCCUCCAAAGCCGCCGUUCAGCAGACGGCCAAGGCGAAGACUUUCGCCGUCCGAGCGGUUGCGGAGCCGGCCGCUAAGAAGCUGACGAUCGAGGAGGCGGAAGCGCGCGUGGUUGCGGGGAACCCUCCCCCCGCUCCCCCCGCCAAGCCCCGCCCAGCAGCUCCCAAGGGCACGCCGAUCGUCGAGCCGCUGAACCUUAUCUCGCGGCCUCGCCGCAACCGCCGGUCGCCGUUCCUGAGGGAGGCGUUCCAGGAGACGUUCGUCACGCCGGCCAACUUCAUCCUCCCUCUCUUCAUCCAUGAGGGCGUGGACGCGUCUCCCAUCGGCUCCAUGCCGGGGUGCUACCGCCUGGGCUGGAACACCGGGCUUAUCGAGGAGGUGUACAAGGCGCGCGACGUGGGAGUCAACCAAGUCGUGCUCUUCCCCAAAGUUCCUGAUGCCCUCAAGACCCCCACGGCAGACGAGGCGUACAACCCCGACGGCAUUGUGCCCCGCAGCAUCCGCCUGCUCAAGGACAAGUUCCCCGACCUCAUCAUCUACACUGACGUGGCACUGGACCCGUACAACUCGGACGGCCACGAUGGCAUCGUGAGGGAGGAUGGCGUGAUCAUGAACGACGAGACCGUGCACCAGCUGUGCCUGCAGGCCGUUGCCCAGGCGCGGGCAGGGGCGGAUGUGGUGAGCCCCAGCGACAUGAUGGACGGCCGUGUGGGCGCCAUCCGCGCUGCUCUGGACGACGAGGGCUUUAACGAGGUGUCAAUCAUGUCGUACACCGCCAAGUAUGCCAGCGCGUUCUAUGGCCCCUUCAGGGAAGCCCUUGACUCCAACCCCCGCUUUGGCGACAAGAAGACGUACCAGAUGAACCCUGGUAACUACCGGGAGGCGCUUAUUGAGACACACGCGGAUGAGAGCGAGGGGGCAGACAUCAUGAUGGUCAAGCCCGCCAUGCCUUACCUGGAUGUGAUCCGCCUGCUGAGGGACAACACAGCUCUGCCCAUCUCAGCCUACCAGGUGUCUGGCGAGUACGCCAUGAUCAAGGCGGCAGCAGCCAACGGGUGGCUGGACGAGAAGAAGGCGGUGCUUGAGUCGCUCCUGUGCAUCAAGCGAGCUGGCGCUGAUGUCAUCCUGACGUACUUUGCCACCCAGGCUGCGCAGUACCUGGCCGGGGAGAGACGGUAAAUAGGAGAGCUGAGCUGAUGGUUGGUGGAUUGGAGUUUGUUAGUGUACUCAAUGCAUGGUAAAGGCAGUGUUCUGACGCACUUUGCCACCCAGGCUGUCCAGUACCUGGCCGGGGAUUGAUGGUAGAUGAUGGGAGAUAACUUGCUGUUUGAGUAAGGCUGGGAAAAGUCAUGUGUUACUUUAAAAAGAGCGUGAUGUCCCACCUUAUGCGGUGCCACCUUUCCUGCUGGCCUGUGCAGUGCUAUACCUGCGCGUUGGAAUGUAGAAAUCAUGUGGGUCAUGCAGUGUUGUAGGAUUAGCAAUGGAUGAUGAAUGCCUUCUUGCAGUGUUGUAGGAUUGGCAAAUUGGCAAUAGAUUAAUGCCUAGAUGUGUGUUUGCUUUGUGCGAUGUCUUACAUCAUGGGGCUCAUAGGUGGUUAUAAGAAGCUA